AUGGUAUCUAAUAAUCUGGCGCACAGCGCACAUGACUCGCAACCGCAGACCCCGCCGCAAAAGAAGAACAUACGGUCUGGAUCCAUACUUUGGCUUCGCAAGAGACUUGAUGAGGAUGAAAUGAUUCUCCUGGAAGCCGCAGGACUAGAAAGACAAGCUUUGAAUCACCCGGUCGUUGUCGUAGAUCUUUUGAAGAAAGAUCCUGAAGUUGUCAAAAUAUGCACAAUGACCUCAUGUGGCGAUAGGAACAUCACAAUGUCGAGGAUCGAUCGAAAAUACUGGCAUUUUUACCUACCCGUUCAACCAACUCCGAGCCAUCCAUCUUAUACCACUGAGCCGCUCUCCUUGGAGAACAACAAACAGCUGAGAAAACUUUCGUACAUCAAUACGCGGCGCACUUACCGAAUUUCGUUAGCCCUGCUAAAGAGGUACGACGAUCUAGAGGAGGGAAUAUCCAGUCACCAUUUGACACCGGAGUCGUUGGAGACAGUGAAAACAGCUUGUGGCCUCGCUCCUUCACCCAGAACAGAAUCACGCGACCCUGUGAUAUACGCAACGCCUAAAACCCCUCCAACCACCCCUUGGCCAUCUUCAAAGCAGCAUACUCACAACCUUUUAUAUGCAGCUGCCACUGAAUACAAUGUUGAAGAUAACACUGGGCGGUACAGAGUGCCUGCCGACGAGCACGAACCGCUGCUACCAGUUCCGGUUACAAACACAUUGCAGAAUUCCCAAGCUCAGUUCCCUCCAGCAUGGCCAGGUCAACAUCAGACGCACCAGGGUCGCGUAGCAAACGACUACUACUAUGUUCAUCGAAGACCUAAGAAGACACAUUACGAGCCGAUCCUUAGCGCUCUACUGACACUUCUUUGCAUCUGCGCAUGUGUCGUCCUCCUGGCCACCCUUGGCUACAGCCUUUUCCUUGGCAUUAUGUGGGUCUUCCGCGUCUUCACGUCUCUCGUAACAACCACAGAAGCCGAGCUCGUUAGGCUUGGACACUACAUCGCGCACGUCGGCGGGUACAUUGUAAGUCCAUUCAUCACUGUUGGGAAAGCUGUAUCUGCAGGAUGGAAAAGCCUGGUUCAUGUACUCAAAGAGAUUGUACGGUGGUUUGACAACAGGAAGACCAUGUCUAGUUAG